AUGGCGGUUAAAUAUAUAUUGGAAUUACUUAUUUUCGCUGUUUUCGUUCAUUUUGGUACCUCCAUCCGGUGCUACGAGUGCAACAGCGCAAACAACUCCAUGUGUCUAAACCCCACGAUCUACGACUUGCAAAGUGUGCAAAAAUACCUGCGCUCGACGAAUUGCGAGAAAAGCUCCUUCACUCCUCCAAACAGCCAGGGUUCAAAGGAAAUGUUCUGCAGAAAGAUUAUACAGACAAUUCUACACAAGGGCCAUGAUCCCGAAGUCCGCGUGACCCGCGGUUGCGGCUGGGUGAAACACCGACGGGAUUGCUACAUGGCAGACAAUGAAGACCAUCUGGAAACCGUCUGUCAAUGCUUCACCGACGACUGCAACUCCGCUACCAUGAUGAAAUACAGCAUCCUUAGUAUAACUCUCUGUAGUUUACCUUCCAUUUUUCUUAGAUUUUAU